AUGGAAUUCCACAAGGUUCUGUCAUCGGACUCUUGUUUUUCACCCUUUACAUUCGUCCCAUUGGUGAUAUUCCUCGGGCUCAUGGAGUAUUCGUUCACAUGUAUGCAGACGACAUUCAGAUGUUAUGUGAUGUUUGACCCAACUGAUCCAGUUGCAAUUGAUGCUGCGCUUGGCAGACUCAGUAGUUGUAUCACUGAAAUUCAGCGUUGGAUGAAUGCGAACAAGCUCAAACUCAACGAUGGCAAGACUGAAUUCUUUGUCUCUGCUUCACCGCAUCAUCGGUCAUCCUAUCUAAUGAACGAUGUCAAACUGAUGAUUGGUGAGAAAUCCUUCCCACCAUGUAAGUCCAUCCGGAAUCUGGGAUUAACACUUGAACCAUCUGUAAACUUAAGUCUUCAUGUCAACCUUCUCAGCAGAAGCAUCAAGUACCACCUACGUAACCUGUGGAGGGUGAGGCGGUUUAUUGAUCAGUCAACAUGCCACGCUGCGGCGAGGGCUCUUGUCCUGUCCAGACUAGACUACUGCAACAGUCUCUUCGUUGUUCUCAGCCAGAGGGACCUUGAUCGCCUUCAGAGACUCCAAAACUCAGCGGAAAGGCUUGUCUUUUCUGCUCCUCUUCGGACUCACAUAACACCUUUUCGACUUGAACUCCGUUGGCUGCCUGUACGACAGAGAAUAGCUUUUAAGAUCCUACUACUGGUCUAUAAGUCUCUCAACCACCGAUGUCCCCCGUACAUAGCUGACUGCUUGGUUCGUCGUCCUCGAGUCCGAAAUACCCGCUCAUCAUCAUCCAUCUGGCUCACUUAG